ACUAUUAAUCUCAAAUAAAGCAGAAAACUGGUCUGAGAGGAAUGUUUUUCAGUGCUGAUUUUUUUCAGCCUAAGAUGGUAAUUGCAAGGUUCUCAUGCACAUUCAACAGUCAAAACGUGAGAAUCGGACACUGCACUAAGGUACCCAGGAAUGUAAACAUGGAGAAACUGCAACAUGGUUAUUUAUUUCCAGAGAUUGAAAGACAAGAGAUGAUGCACUUGAAGAGGCAUCCACAUGCAAAUGUAAUAGACCUUGGAGUUGGUGAUACGACACAACCCUUACCAAAGACUGUAACAGCUAGCAUGGUUGAUUUUGUGCAUGGCCUUUCAACAGCAUCAGGCUAUAAAGGAUAUGGACCAGAGCAAGGUGAAAAGGCCCUGAGGAAGGCAAUUUCUGUUACCUUUUACAAAGAUAUGGGGAUUAAACCUUCUGAGGUUUUUGUUUCAGAUGGUGCACAGUGUGAUAUUACUCGUCUUCAGUUACUUAUGGGUUCCAAUCUGAAGAUUGCCGUGCAGGAUCCAUCCUUUCCGGUCGCAAUUGAAGUGUCAUCGUUCUCGAAAUUUGCUGGCUUCACUGGUGUCCGCCUUGGUUGGACAGUGGUCCCUGAGGAACUCUUGUACUCAAAUGGCUUCCCUGUUAUGCAUGAUUUCAACCGUAUAAUGUGCACAUGUUUCAAUGGAGCAUCCAGCAUAGCUCAAGCUGGUGGACUGGCAUGCCUUUCCCCAGAAGGUUUAAGGGCCAUACAGUCCCUUGUCGACUACUACAUGGAGAAUGCAAGAAUUCUGGUUGAUGCUUUGACUUCUCUUGGUCUGACAGUUUAUGGUGGUAAAAAUGCACCCUAUGUUUGGGUUCAUUUCCCUGGCUCAAAAUCUUGGAACGUUUUUGCUGAAAUCCUUGAGAAGACUCACAUAAUUACUGUCCCUGGUAGUGGUUUUGGACCAGGGGGUGAAGGGUAUAUAAGAAUUAGUGCUUUCGGUUUGAGACAUUCCAUCAUUGAAGCCUCACAGAGACUCAAAUAUCUUAUCUAUCAGAAGCAAAACUAACACUAUCUUCUGUCAGUUUUACGAAUAUAUGCAUAAAAUAAAGCAGAGUGUCAAAUCAGAGCAUUCAUUGCUUCAAGUUAUAAGAGCAUUCCCCUAAGAACUAAACCUGUCACAUAUGACAUCUUUGUAGUGCAAUAAAUAACAGGAACUCGUUCUCCACUUUGAUGAUAUUCUUCCUAUCGAAACUCAACAGGACCAAUGUUUAACAAAUGAGAAAAAGCUUGCUAAUGUUGUUUAA